AUGCAGAUGCAGAAGUCGUCGCGGAAUCAGAUGACUCUGGCGGACUCACUGGAGGCAUAUGGAACGCACAGUGUGCACGAACUUGUCUUGCUUCAUAAAAGUAUUCUUAUUAAUCAGCAGCUCUUGGCACCCCGCACACUUCUCAGCAUAUCGAAUUUUGCAAUGCAUUUGGAGCUUGUGACUUUCCAAUUGAAUGUCACUGAUUUGAUGAACCCGGAAAGACACGCUGCAAAGAACAGUGAAAUCGUCGUUUCACGCAUUACGGAUGGGAUGACUGCUACCGCCACUCUUCGCAAGAACAUGUUCACCUUCGUCGUAAACAGUGAAGAUGAUAAUGCCUUUGAGUAA